AAUAAUAUUUUGUUAACAGACCGUGUGAUAUAUACAAAGCAUUGGGGCAAUGUUCAGCUGUGUUCGAUACGAGAAGUCAUAAUUUAGGACAAAAACUGUGACAGGAGUGUUAACGUAUCACGCACUCUUUUGUAAAGUUUAUAUAUUUAAACCUGUCAAUUUUAAACGUUUAACCAGGCGAAUAUGAAUUAUGACUAUGGUUCAUAGUCAUGUAAAACGCAUUCUCUGCAGGAAUCUUCCGUCGGACAGAAGUAAAAAAGCUUAACUAAGCAUAUAUGAUGUUUGGAAGAUUUAUGCAAGUCAUAUAAAACACAUUCUAUGUAGAACUUUUCAGUAGACCAUUAUAAGACAGACACAAAAAAUGGGAGUAAAAGAAAUAAUCAAAGAAACAAUAAUAAAUUGGAGUAAGGCGGUAGAGCUACAUAAUUCUGGGAAGUACUCGGAGGCGGCAGACUGUUAUUCUGAAAUAAAAGACGUUUCGGCAAGAAUGUGCUAUAACCAGGCUUGUGCUUACAUAAAACUCGGCAAUAUAGACAAUGCUAUCCAGAGCUUGUCCCGUGCGAUAGGGAAAGAUGGACAUUUAGCUAUAGCUUAUUUUCAACGGGGGACCUUGUAUCUUCAGAACAACAGCACCAUGAAGGCUAUAGCUGACCUAGAGAUGGCCCGUACCUUAUUUCGAGGAAACACAUAUAUAUACUAUAAACCACUUGGUCUAUACACUACACUAAGCAGCUUCCAGAUUCUACAAAAUCUUGCCCUGGCUUAUGUAAACGCUGAAAGAUUGGAAGAUGCUCGGAGAUCACUGACUGAAGCUCUUCACAACGCCGACGAUCUUCAAAGGAAAAGUAUCACUGCAUCACUGGAAAGAAUUAAUGAUUCUCGCACAGAUCUCAUCCCAGUGACGCAGCUGUCAGUAGAUAAAGUAUUUACCCCGCCCAAAUCUGUCACCCAGAACCUUGAGAAAAAAGGUAUCGUUAGGAAAGCUAAAGUAGUAUCUGCUUCCAAUACAGACGACAGAAGUGCAGCUUUCCACGGUUCGAAAAGGGUGCGAGAGUUAAAGCAACUGCCGAUACCGCCGACGAGCCCAUUCAACCCGCUUAAGCGUUUUGUAAAGAAUCGACCGCCACUAAAUCACAGCAUCUCGGGCCUAAACGAACUAGCUGCAACCAAAGGGAUGAAAUCGAUCAAAUCCACGAGUGACCUCCGUGCAGACGACACUGUCAGAAGUAGUAGUCCAGUUAUAAGCUGGAUAAGACGUCUGUUUCAGAAAAUAACUCAUAGCUCGGCAGACAAAAAUACCAGUCCUGGUAUAAAAUCUGGUCAAUUGACUGGACAAUUGAGGCCGGCUGAAAGCAACACUGGAAAGAGUUCAGUGCGUACUGUCUUCGCGGGAGAAAGAGAGCUUUUAAAUAAUAAACAAAAGUGUCAAAUGAGCGUGCCGCCAUGUGACGACGAGAUGCAGGUUUUAGUGAUGAGAGGAAGUGGGUCUACCGGAGAUUUAAGUAAACUUGACAUGUUAUCGUCUAAACGUGAUAGCGAAGGAGAUUUACCACAGCCUUCGCAUAUCAGAUCUAAGAGCGCGUUGUACGAAAAUGUGAAUUUUGAUUCAAAUCACCAUAGAUAUUCUCUUGGGUCUGUCUUUGGUGACUACCUCACCAUUGUCGGCCGGAGUCCAUCGUGGUCUUGUGACGUCCUGACGGCUGUCGCCACACUGAUAGACGUAAUCAACGUAGAGCAUGAUCAAGAAUCAGUAAUCAUAGAUAGUAAAGGUUCUCCCGGUGAAAUCGAAAGCGACAACCCUGUUACGUUUAACAUUAACACCAUUCCAGAUAAUGAUGCUGGUGCAGAGACAUCAAAAACAAACGCCAGUGACAAAGCGAAAGAGGACAAAACGUCGUCGGCUACCAGAAAAUCUCGUCCACCUCCCCCUUCGUACCCUCCACCUCCUCUGCCUCCUCUGCCUCCAAAAUUUGAAAUUUAUGUAUAAUGAUUUUUUACCAAUCAUUGCUGCAUUAUUAAAGUAUUAGCCUAAUAUUUUAUAUAUAUGUGCGUGUGAUAAUUUGUUUUACAAAAGAUUUUUGAUCUGCUGGCAGACUUAUUUCUAAAUAAAUGUCUUAAACUUG